AUGGUCAGAAUGGUCGAAAAUAGAAACCACCACCUAACAAUCUUGGAAUAUAGAAACGACAUCCACAAUCAUCUUGUCCAACUCGAUUUCGAGCUCGAAGAAAGCCUACAGAUCAAGCCUCUCCAAGACCAGGUAAAAAUCUUGAGAAGCUCUAUUCUCAACUCCUUGCUAGAUGUUUGUUUCAGACUCAAUUGGUCCUCCUCAACUUUCUCCUUGGCUGCCCAUCUUUUCGACACCUACACAAGUAAGGUCAACAUAGAAAUCAUUAAUUGUAGGCUGAUUGGUUUUUGUUGUCUUUGGAUCUCCUCCAAGUACAAUGAAAACAAACCAAAGGGUAACAUUUUGAAUGCCUUGAUUAAAAGAUCCGGAUACGAGCAAUCUGCCAAACCAACUUUCCUAAAUAUCGAAUUCGACAUUUUGAAAGUCAUCAAUUGGGAUCUCUCCUAUCCAACUCCAGAGUUAUUCUUAGACCUAUUCUUGAAUACGGGUGAACCGAACAAUCUGGAAAGAAGAUUAGGCUCGAUGUUUUUGUGCGAAUUAUCUCUAUUCAACUUGAAUAUUGUCUCUCACUAUUCUUCGAGCUCAAUUGCUGCCUCCUCAAUCAUGAUUACUAAUUUUGCAAUGUUGAACUUGAGACACAAGCAUAUUCGUCAGCAUAGAUUUGAUGAAUUGGAAAGUUUGAUUUUGAAUCAAGUUGUUAAGAUGGAACCUUCAAUCAAGUUGAAGUAUUUGGACAGCAGCAUCAUUUCUCAUUCCAACAACAAUAUGGUCAUUCAUAAUUUGAUAUACCUCUCUCAAUGUUUUGUUAGACAAAAGGAAGAAGAGCAACAACAACUGGAAAAAUUGAAACAUAUGGAUUUGAACCCAAAUCUUUAUUACAAUUCAAACGGUUACUUGUCUAACCCUAGUCUGACUGAUAAUAGGAACCUGUCCUGCUUACCAAUUUCUCCAAUGGCAUCACCAACAAACUUACCUUUCAGUUUAAGUAACAGUGGUGUUACUGGCGGUAAUAAUUCCUACAUGAGAACUUCCUAUCACGAAAAUGGUAAGAAUGGCCACUCUCGUUCAUAUUCACAGUCAGACGAUCAUUACAUGGAUGAUCCCGCUGAUCAAUUGACAAGUGCUUCAGGUAAGCGUUCAAGAUCACACUCGUUGACCACUUUGAGAAAUAUCUUACCUACUCCCGGUACAACCCCAACAGCAUCGUUUAACAGAAUCAACAGCAACAGUUCUUCUUCCUCUUCAAGUGCAAGUAAUAAUAACACUACUGAUACAACAAAUAUCGAACUAACACAGCAUAAUAUGAAAUUGAUGAAUAAAACUCCACAAAUAUUCACACCAGUACAAUUAAUACCUUCAGCGUUAUUAUAUUCUCACCCCCACUCUCAUUCACAUUCCCAUCUUUUCCAUCCUCAACUGCACUCUUUAUCUCAUCCAUAUUCUCAAAGAUAUGAUUUUAAUAGGUUGGAAUCUCCAGAAAACCUAGUUACCAAGCGUGUUAGACAAAAGUACCAAAGAACUUUACCUGUUUUAACACGUUCCAAAGCUAAAGGUUUCGCCUUUGAUACUGCGGAAGACGAUUUCAGUCAGAAGAUGAAAAAGAGAAGAUUGUGA